AUGUCUGGCUCAGAAGUGUCUCAAGCAAAGAGUGGGACGUUCUUGCUCAUCCUGAUCCAGGUAGCUUCCAGAGCGCUCACCUUCAUCGGCAACCAAUUCCUUCUUCGCUUCCUAUCUCCAUCACUGCUGGGGAUCGCCGUGCAGCUCGAACUGGUCUCUGUGACCAGUCUAUACUUUGCUCGCGAGAGCCUUCGCGUGGCUCUGCAACGGCCGCGUCCAUCUACACAGUCGUCAGAUGCCAAUUCUUCUGGAAAGGAAGAGCAAAAGGUGGUGGGAACCGAGACGCAGACUGUCAUCAACCUCUCCCAUCUGGCUGUGCUCCUGGGUCUGGGUAUCUCAACAUUGUUUGGCUUCUCCUAUCUACAGAGUGCCUCAGAUGAAGUCCUCAGCAGUCCUUACUUUGAUGUAUCGUUCCAGUUCUACGCAGGGGCAACCUUGGUCGAACUACUUGCCGAGCCAGCAUUCGUUGUCAUCCAGCAGAAAGCGCUGUACAAGGAGAGGGCACGUGCAGAGACCAGUGCCGCAAUGGCAAGAUGUAUUUCAGCUUGCAUCGUCGCGGUGCUGGGGCAUCGGGAAGGCCUCGCUCCUUCUAUACUUCCCUUUGCUGUGGGCCAGGUAGCAUAUGCCUUCACUCUGCUGGCUCUUUACUUCCUGCCAACGAUAAAACUAUCGAUGACUGAGAAUUUCAGCCUCGCCCCGAAACCGAUACUUUCGCCCUCGUCAGGCCACAUAUACUACUUGAAGCGCUUCCACAGGGAAAUUCUCGCUCUGGCGGCAACAAUGUACAUGCAGUCUAUCUUCAAACUGCUCCUUACGCAAGGCGACGCCCUCAUUAUGAGUUUCUUUUCUACCCUCGCAGACCAAGGCGCCUUCGCUCUGGCCUCUAACUAUGGCGGCUUGUUGGCACGCCUGGUCUUCCAACCUGUGGAGGAGAGUAGUCGAAACACAUUCGGACGACUCCUCUCCCCAUCUCCCUCGAUCAGUGCCAAAGGCGUCCAGCCCUCGGAUUCGCGAAACAAGAUUACCACGAACCAGAACAGCGAUACCCGCCUCGGCCUCUCUUACCUCUUUACAACCAUCCACGUCUACCUUCUUUUUUCUCUGCCUUUGAUCAGCCUCGCGCCAAAUAUCCUCCCUGCCCUCAUUCCCUACGUCCUCUCCCCUCAAUGGCGCACUCCGUCGACAUCUCUCCUCCUAUCAGCCUACUGCUACUACAUCCCGCUCAUGGCGGUGAACGGCAUCCUCGACGCGUUCGUCACAAGCGUCGCAUCCCCGGCACAGUUGCGGAACCAGAGUCUCUGGAUGCUCGUAUUUACGGGGAUUUAUGGGGUGGUGGCAUGGGCUCUAUUGAGGGCGUGGGGAAUGGGCAGCGUUGGCCUCGUGGGCGCGAACAUGGUGAACAUGGGCCUGAGGAUUCUAUGGAGCUUGUGGUUUCUGAGAACCUGGGUCACCCGACGUGAGGACGAGUCUGAGGGAAAGGGACGGGCCAGGACGACGAUGGUCAAGGACAUGGUGCCAGCAAAGGCGAGCAUCGCUGUCACGCUGCUUGUGAUGCUCGGACUGAGAAUGAGAGGCUUCAACACGACAUCAGAUGCGGGAAUGGGGGGAUUGGAUCUCCAGUUCCUUGGUUUCUGGAUCAGCGGCGCGAUAGUUUUGGGUUCUACCAUGUGA